CAUUAUUGGAGUUGUGGUAGUUGGUGUGGGUAAAUGAGCGUAACGAGGUAACGUAAAAUAAAAAAAAUUAAUUUUAAAAAAUAAAAUAAAACCUUAGCAGGUUGACCGGUGGAUAUAGAUAAAGAUAAAGAGAAAAACAAAACAAAAGAAAAGCUCAGAAGAAAAAAAAAAUAGAAACCCUAAAAAAAAUCAAAAAGUUUGUUUGUGAGAGAGAUUGUGUGUGUUAAUGCAUCUAAGAUUUUUCCCUCUUUGUACAAAGAUUGUUCUUCAAGCUUUUCACCUAUAGCUAGGUUUAGUUCCGAUGGUUGAUUUAGACAAUGUUUCUACAGCUUCUGGAGAAGCCAGCAUCUCUUCCUCUGGUAACAACAAUAACAACAACAAUAACCAAACAACUCCUCCAAAACCCACUAAGAAAAAAAGAAACCUCCCCGGAAUGCCAGAUCCGGAAGCAGAGGUGAUUUCUUUAUCUCCAACGACUCUGUUAGCUACGAAUAGAUUUGUGUGUGAAAUAUGCAACAAAGGUUUUCAGAGGGAUCAGAAUCUUCAACUUCAUAGGAGAGGUCAUAAUCUGCCAUGGAAACUGCGGCAGAGGUCGAGUAAGGAAGUUAGGAAAAGGGUUUAUGUUUGUCCUGAACCGACUUGUGUUCAUCAUGAUCCUUCUAGAGCUUUAGGCGAUCUAACGGGGAUUAAAAAGCACUUUUGUAGAAAACACGGUGAGAAGAAGUGGAAAUGCGAUAAGUGUUCUAAGAAAUAUGCUGUUCAAUCGGAUUGGAAAGCGCACUCUAAAGUUUGUGGUUCUAGAGAGUAUAAAUGCGAUUGUGGAACCGUUUUUUCCAGGAGGGAUAGUUUCAUAACGCAUAGAGCUUUUUGUGAUGCGUUGGCAGAGGAAAAUGCGAAAUCUCAGACUCAACCGGUUGUGAAAGCUAGUUCAGAGUCUGAUUCAAAGGUUUUGACUGGAGAUUCAUUGCCUCAGCCGCCGCCUCCUUCGUUGCCGGUGGUGACUACCGCCGCUGCAACAACUCCUCAGUCAAAUAGUGGUGUGUCCUCUGCUUUGGAGACUCAGAAGCUAGAUUUACUAGAAAUUCCGCCUCAAAUCGUAGAGGAGACACAACCGGUUGUCAUUGCUACUACUACUUUAAAUGCUACUACUAUAAAUGCUACUACUACUUUAAAUGCGAGUGGUAGUAGCAGCAGUACUAGCUCAACAAGCAAUGGCCAUCCCGCUACUAGCAGCGGUGUGUUUGCAAGCUUGUUUGCUUCUUCAACGGCUUCAGCUUCUACGAGCCUACAAUCUCAAACACCAGCCUUCACUGAUUUAAUUAGGUCCAUGGGAUGUCCAGAUGCUCGCCCUACUGAUUUCUCAACUACUCCAUCGGCCGAGGCCAUAUCCCUUUGCCUCUCGACCAAUCACGGAUCAUCCAUUUUCGGAACAGGUGGCCAGGAGUGCCGCCAAUAUGUGCCGACGCAUCAGCCACCGGCUAUGUCUGCCACUGCAUUACUUCAGAAAGCUGCUCAAAUGGGCGCCGCCGCAACAAAUGCCUCUUUGCUUCGCGGGCUUGGAAUCGUGUCGUCUUCCGCUUCCACUUCAACAGGUCAGCAAGAUAGCCUUCAUUGGGGUCUGGGACAGGUGGAACAGGAGAGUGCUGGCUUAGUUCACGCGGGACUCGGACUAGGUCUUCCUUGUGACAGUGACUCUGGACUAAAAGAAUUGAUGUUGGGGACUCCGUCGAUGUUCGGUCCUAAGCAAACAACUCUUGAUUUUCUAGGAUUGGGGAUGGCUGCAGGUGGCAGCGCCGGUGGAGGUUUGUCAGCACUUAUCACAUCAAUCGGCGGCAGCAGUGGUUUGGAUGUUACUACAGCAGCUGCAUCUUUUGGUAAUGCAGAGUACUCUGGCAAAGAUAUUGGAAGGAGCUCAUGAUAUUUUGGCUGCAAUAACUACUAAAUUUUGGCUGUAAAGUUACAUUUGUUGUCUAUGAAUAUGAAUAUUCUGAAAUUGCAAUGCAUAUAUAAGUAUGCAACAAGUAAUGUGCAAAUGGGGUCUUUUUGAAUUGUCUUGCUCCCCCCAAAAAAGACUAUACUACAUUUAAGGAAAUGAAAAUAUGGCCUUAACAAGAGCACAAGGUACAAUAUGCUUGGUUUGGACAACACAGGCUGUAAGAAAUUAAGGGUAUGUGCAUCAUUUGCAUAUGGUUGUCGUAGGUUUUAGCGACAGUGGGACGUUUGAAGAUCACGGUCUUGUUUUUGGUUUCUUGGACAGUUUGAUCAAAUCAUGUAUUGCUUCAGUUGGAUGGUUUGGUCUGUAGCUGUAGGUAUAAAUUAGGAUGCUAGUAGUGGUAGUAGUUUUCUUUGGAUGUUGUUGGAAUUAUUGUCACAUUGUGAAUUUCCACGUUUGCCCAUUGUUUGGCAGUUAGUGCUUGAUUGAAUUUUAGUAAGUAAUUAAUGCUCUUAGUAAAUGUUAUAAAUUGUAAUUAUUCUAUAUUCUUUUCAAGAUAGAAAAUUCUCAAA